CAAAGAUAAGAACAAGCGGAACCUUGCGGAACCGAACGCAAUCGAUCAACGCAGCGAUCGAUCACUCAUGAAAACACCAAGAGAUGCAAUGGAGGCUCACUCUAGCAUCCAGGAUUCCAAUGACAAAGAGGUUCGGCAGGUCAACUCGUCGGGUCAAGUCAAGUCGCAUGUCGCACGAACUGCAUUUUCCACAGGACAACGUAUUACAAGUGACCGAUUAUCUCCGACACUGUCACGUGCGCCGCACGGUGGUGGCCUGGUGGGGCUGCGGGACCUCCGCGGGACCCCCGCGGUGGGUGGUGGGGGAGCCACCCUGCGGCAGCAUCACUCCUGGGCCUGCCCCGUGGCCCUGGGCACGCUGGGCCAAAUUCAAUUGCAGAUGGUUGCUCGGCGGACACAGAAGACUGCGAACCGAACUAAGCGAGAGCCGCGUGAGAGGCGCCACACUUCUGCCUUCUGUGAUUGCGCUAAACAUGUACCCGUUUGGUACCUGCUGAGGCUUUGCUGCUUGACCAUCCACGCUCUUCUCGCACAGUUCAACGGUGUAUCCCGGGCGCAAUCGACAAACAAAACGCACGUCCUUCUGAACGGGAACGUGGACAAGGACAACGAACUCCUAGAUGCUUGCAUGCCGGAGAGCUACAACGUGCAGGCGGCAUUCAACACAGCGCAGGCAACAAAUCACAGCAACCUUGCAGACGGCACAUAUACAGGCUCCGUCGUCAUCAUCCAAGACAUCAUCAAUCGCAUUCAAGCCCUGGAAGACAUCCUGUUCUACAGGUGCACCGACAACACCUGCGGGGGCGCAAUCCUCAACAACAUCUGCAACCUUUGCAACAAGCGACCAGAUGCACAAAUUCACGACUUGCAGCCUCAUUUGGCUUGCCUUAUCUUGGGCAACAACAACUACGAGGUCACCAUUCGCUCUUACGAAGUUGCAUCAAAUCUGUGGGGCAAAUUACGGCACGGGAACAACGGCAAUCAUGACUUCUAUCGCGCCCUGCUUGACGCCAACGGCUUAGAACGAGUCUUGGGUCGCAUGAGGCAGGCAGUACAACAUGACUCAUCAACAUGGGCAACAUCCUUCAGUACAGCGCGGCAGCGGAUCCAUUGGCCGUUUCCAUGCUCGGAACGGGCCAAGAUUCCGCCCCGACGCCAAACGAAUUGGCCACGCACACCCCUGUGGCAACAGCAACGACCGCCGUCACCGUCGUCACACCCACCGCAACACAACAAAUUACUGGACGCCGCCGACACAACGCAACGACAGGCGGCAAGGAUGGCUUCAACAAAUAACUCUCUGCUGGCGUGGAACGGCUCAAGCCACAAACCAGCCGCUGCGCUAUUUUUUACGGCAGAGUCACACUCGGUACUCGUCCUUUAUGAAUAUGUGCCGCAAACGGUGUAA